UGUAGUAGCACAGUGAAGACAGGGAGAGUUGGCUAUUGUUGCACAUCGGAAUAGCCAACAUAUCUACACUCUUCUGUCGUUUAUAACUUUCGGGAAAUGAAAUUGAUUAAUUAAGCUUGAAGACUAAAUCCAGCCAAAAUGACGGUGGAUUUUGAAGAAUGUGUGAAAGAUUCACCCCGGUUCAGGGCAAACAUUAAUGAAGUGGAGACGGAGGUGGUAGAGAUUGAAGUUAAACUAGACAAGUUGGUGAAGCUAUGCAGUGGAAUGAUCGAGGCAGGGAAGGCGUAUGUCAGCGCCAACAAACUCUUUGUGAACGGGAUCCGGGACCUGUCCCAACAAUGCAAGAAGGAUGAGAUGAUCUCGGAGUGCCUGGAAAAGUGCGGGGAGAGCCUCCAGGAAAUAGUCAACUACCACAUGAUUCUGUUUGAUCAAGCCCAGAGAUCUGUGAAGCAGCAGUUACACACCUUUGUGAAAGAGGAUGUCCGUAAAUUCAAGGAGACCAAGAAGCACUUUGACCGUGUGCGUGAGGACAUGGAGAUUGCCCAGGUGAAGAACGCCCAGGCCCCCAGGAACAAACCUCACGAGGUGGAGGAGGCCACCGGAACACUCAGCAUCACCAGGAAGUGCUUCCGACACCUGGCCCUCGACUACGUACUUCAGAUUAACGUCCUGCAAGCCAAGAAGAAGUUUGAGAUCCUAGAUGCUAUGCUGUCCUUCAUGCAUGCCCAGUACUCCCUCUUUCAGCAAGGCUACAACCUGCUGGAUGAUAUUGACCCCUACAUGAAGAAGCUGGCUGCUGAGUUGGAUCAGUUGGUGAUUGAUUCGGCCAUGGAGAAGAGGGAUAUGGAACACAAGCACGCCAUCAUACAGCAGAGGACCCUCAUGCAGGACUUCUCGUAUGACGACUCAAAGGUGGAGUUGUUCAACGUGGAUGCUCCCAAUGGCGUGGUGAUGGAGGGGUACCUGUUCAAGAGGGCGAGCAAUGCUUUCAAGACCUGGAACAGGCGUUGGUUUUCCAUCCAGAACAGUCAGCUGGUCUAUCAGAAGAAGCUGAAGGAUUCCCUGACAGUGGUGGUAGAGGACCUCAGGCUUUGCUCUGUCAAGCCCUGUGAGGACAUCGAGAGGAGGUUCUGCUUCGAGGUCGUCUCCCCCACCAAGAGCUGUAUGCUCCAGGCAGAGUCAGAGAAGCUUCGGCUAGCCUGGAUCCAAGCAGUGCAGGCCAGCAUUGCCUCAGCAUACAGGGAGAGCCCAGACUACCAUUAUGUCGAGCGUCUGGACAGGACAGCCUCACCGUCUGUCAGCAGUAUCGACUCGGCCAGUGAGCCUCGGGAGCGUAGCAUGAAGGGGGAGAGUAUUCUGCACCGCAUCCAGUGUCUCCCAGGCAACGAGUAUUGCUGUGACUGUGGCCAGGCCGACCCGCGCUGGGCCUCCAUCAACCUGGGCAUCCUGCUUUGCAUCGAGUGCUCCGGCAUCCACAGGAGUUUGGGUGUUCACUGCUCCAAGGUGCGCUCUCUAACGUUGGACUCAUGGGAACCUGAGUUACUAAAGUUAAUGUGCGAGCUGGGAAACAGUGUCAUCAACCACAUCUAUGAGGGAGCAUGCGUGGAGCAGGGCCUGAAGAAACCAGGGCCCUCAAGUUCCAGGCAAGAGAAGGAGGUGUGGAUCAAAUCUAAGUACGUGGAGAAGAAGUUCCUGAAGAAGUUGGGGGCCACCGAGGUGCUGGUGAAUGGCAGGCGAAAGUCAGAGCGCCGGUGGAGUGUGAAGAAGUGCCGGAGACACAACAGUGCCACCACAGUGCCCAAGACCCGACGAAAAUACCGCCAGGAGCCGGGCAGUGCCUCCCCUGCUACCCUCUCCUCAGCUUCAGCUCUAGAGAGGAAGUUCCGACGAGAGUCACUGUUUUGUCCAGAUGAGCUGGACAAUCUCUUCUCUUACUUCGACACAGGAUCUGGGCCUCGUAGCCCUGCAGGUCUGAGCAGUGACAGUGGCCUGGGCGGCAGUACAGACGGCAGCACAGACAUCCUGGUGUUCGGCUCAGUGGUGGACAGUGUCACAGAGGAGGAGCGUGAGGUGUCAGAGGGCUCUAGCGGAGAGGCUGAGAUGGAGCCGGAGCGUGAGACCCAGUCAGACCCAGAGGAUGGGCGUGAGCUCCAUCCUGGGGCGCUGCUCUACAAGGCCUCCCAGGCACGCAACCUGCCCAUCAUGGCCGAGGCGCUGGCCCACGGGGCUGACGUCAACGCCGUCAACGACGAGGAUGAUGGCAAGAGCCCACUCAUACAGGCUGUGAUUGGGGGCUCUUUGAUAGCCUGUGAGUUCCUGCUCCAGAAUGCAGCUGACGUCAACCAAAGAGACGCAAGGGGGAGAGGGCCGCUACACCACGCCACAUAUCUGGGACACACAGGGCAGGUGUGUUUGUUCCUGAAGAGAGGAGCCACGCAGAACGACGGGGACGAGGACGGCCAGGACCCUCUGAGUAUCGCUGUGCAGGCAGCCAACGCAGACAUCGUCACCUUGUUGCGUCUGGCCAGAAUGAACGAGGAGAUGCGGGAGUCGGAGGGACCGUUCGGCCAGCCAGGUCAAUACCCCACCAGCAGCCCCACUGAACAGCAGUAUAAGAAAUGCAUACAAGAGUUUAUCUGCCUCAACAUAGCUGAGUGCUAGAAGUCAGUCACAUUACCUAGUCCUGGUCCCGUUCAGGCUUUCCCUUCUGGUGAUGGUUGGAGGUGAAGCCAAUAGUAUACCAGGACUGUGGCAGGACAGGCCUGUUGGGAAUCUUGUGCAGGAAGGAACGUUGUCCAAAACACACAUUUCUCUACCAGAUUCCCCACACGCUGCUGUCCCGCCCAGCUUCAUGGUUCUUCUCUAAAAACCUGAAUUCUUCUUAAGUGUUCUACCCAGUGCUCUAGACAAAAUAGCAGCAAACUAACAUCGUUCAAACGAGGCCACACCAGAAUAUGCCAACUACUAUUCCCUCAGGCUUAUCAAUGGUAUAUGAUGUCAAUAUUAUUAACUCUAUCAUGAUGUCAAACUGUACUGUUGACUUGGACUGAUAAUGGCAACAUUAGUUCAGAGUUAGAUCAUUUGUCAACAAAUGGUUAGGGACCAACUUUAUAAUCGACUUUAUAAGUUCAUUUAAAUCAUCUUUACUAUACCAUAAUGUACCCUACCUAUACCCAUGUCAAGCAAAUUAAUUCAGAUACUCUAUAUUCAUUUGGAGAGUGGACAGGUGUUUGCUUGUGGUUUUCAAGGUAGGGUAGUGUGCUCCGAACCAAAGACCAGAUCAGACCAAUAUGUUGCACAUUACUUUCAUCAAGCUACUCUCUACCUGCUCAUGUAACAAUACCAAAUCACUAUACGGUAGUCUUGUCAAGGGUAUAAAAACAGACCUUCAAGGCCUGUAAGUCGUCUUUAUAUCUAGUCAGUUAUUACAAAUGUAUGAAUUCUGCUCCAGCUGUGUUGUGGCAUGAGGUGGUUCUUUAGUACACGCAUGUCGUGUGAAAAGGGGCGGGUACUUAUGAAUUUCAUUUAGGUGAUUAGACGGGAUAACAAUGAAGCUAAGUAACAACUGUGAUUGAGUGUAGAUGAUAUGUAUUAUUUAUAAUUUCAUAGAUUUUAAAGCAACAUUAUGCACUUUUCCUACCAACAAUGAUUUGAAUUUAAGUUGGUUACUUUUUGGUAUUUUCAUUUAGUAGUGUAGGUUUUUACCAUAAUUUAUGAUGAACUGCCCAGAGCAAUAGUGCAAUGAUCAUUUAAAUACAGAUACUCUGUAUUUUUUGUAUUAAUUUUAUUAAUACGAUGCAGAUGGUAUUUUUUUAACUGGAUAUAUUUUGUUAGAUUUUAUUUUCCUUAGCACUCACACACAUAAGGCCAGUUAACCUUUACUGUCAUUUCUUCACGUCUCGUCUUGGAAAAGACAACCACAACUCACAAUCUUAUAAUAGAAAACGACUGGGAUUUACCUUAAACUGCGAUGAGAUGGAAGUUUUUUAUAUAAUAUGAAAACUCACAUGUAUUAGGUACAGUAUUUGUAUAUGUUUGUCGAAAAUAUUGACUUAUUAUGGUAUUAUGAUGUAUCAUGGCUAUACAGUAUUAGAUUAGUUCUGGGUUUCUUGGUUAAAUAGUGCAUGGGUUGCCGUUGCCCAGGUCUUUCAAAGCCAUGUUGGUUUUGUUUACUUAAUUAAUCUGUGUAUGUUAAUAUUUGAUAUAUUGUUAAAAGAAAAUAACUGCGUGUGCUGCCAAAUCAUGAGAACUGUACAUAAAAAGACAUUGCAGAGGUUAAAUCUGUGGUCUAUGGUCAAACUGAAACUGAAACUAAAUAUAUUGGAUAGAAUACCCCAUAACAUACAGGCAUAGUUUCCCAUUGACUUCUACAGGCCUAUGAGAACAGCAGAGAAAGCUUGGUCCAUGCAAACAUGCCAGCUUUCCCUCUAGCUCCUCAGAAUGCCAACAGUGACCCCCUUCUCUGUAAGCACUGCCUAUGUACACACUAUACAUGCCGUGUGUACAUAGUGAGAGGGUGACCACAGUGCCCAGGUUUCCUUUGAUACUGUCCAGUGGCUUACUGCCAUUUUGAAAUAAUCUUAAACAGGAAAUGUAAUUAGUUGUCCUCGCUUCAGGCUAGUAACAACUUAUGUUUGGCAUUGCGUUUGUGUUGCUUGAGUUUACUUCAAGCCAAAGACCACACAAAGUUCAAGUCAUUUGAGGAGAAAAUUAUAAGGAGUAACAAAGAAGACGAGACCAAGAGUAGUGACUCUAAUUAAAUAUCUGGGGAACAAUGUUAUGACCAAACAAUGCCAAUGAUUUGCAUCAAGCCACUAAAGGUUUACAUGUUGUACAGUACAGUGUAAUGAGUCAGUGGAUUGAUUAAACUAUAGGUUGACUAGGUGACUGUUCUGCUGGAAAUAUGCUAAAAACUAUUAACACUUAAAACUGCUUGCAACUUUGAACUUCUGUAUUUUUGUGUUUCUGACUUAAAUCUGUACAUUUUCUUUGUAUAUUGUUAGAGAACACGUGUCUCUGAAUAUCUUUGUGCAAUUUACACUACUGCUACCUUUAUGUUCAUUUCCUUUUCCUAAUGUCUUCUAAAAUGAGAAAAUACUGAAAAUAAAUGAAAGAUGUGAUUCAAAGCCUAACUUCUCCCGCUGCUUCUUGCUUCAUUUAUUCUGUUCUUUAUAUAGCACUGUUAUAACAGUUUCCCUCUGUCACUACAACUAACCGCAUUAACCUGCACUGGCAGUGCACUUAUUAGUCAACCCCUGUAUGUCCAGGGUGAAGAUGUAACAACAUGACAACACAUUUUCAGAGAUUAGAAAUGUUGUCCUCUGACAUUUAACUCAAGUAUGGGUUCAAAUGAUUUCUAUGAUCAAUCCAGUUUGCCCCUAUAACAUUAAUGAUUUACAAAACCCCACUUGUUUCAGCACUUUAUGUUUUCAAUUUGUCUCAUAAAUCUAUUCUCAACCGUUUAUUGAAAGUCCUAACUACUGGCCACUGUAGGUGGUGUGCUGCUUAAAGAAAAGGUUCACGCAUUUUGAAUGUUAUAUUGUUUUUGUGCAUCUCUGAGUGAUGUUCUAUUGAUUCCCUGGGUAAUGUCAUGUGUAUCUGAGUUAUUGGCGUUCAAGUAGGCAGAAAUCCGGCCGAUAUGACGUAUCACCAUGAUAAAGUUGCUCUCACUACACUGGAAGUUAAUAGUAAUAGGAACUUUUAGAUUGUGAAAACUUCUAUCAUACAUUUCAGAUUUCAAUACUGGCCGAUGUCAUAACUCGGGAGGAUGUCUUCUCUCGAAUGAGCCAUUGAUCAUAGACACACACAGGAAGAGAUUGGAAUGUUAUUUUUAAUUAGUCAAGCUGAGAAUUUCUCAGGGGGUCGAAAGGAGUUCGACUGGCUGUAACCAUGGUCACCAGAAAACUAAAGCUUGAGAAUUUAGAAAUAGAGUGGUGCCUAGACUAUGGUUUUGUUCCUCUGCUGAUGUGGUAUCUAGAUUAGAGGCUCUGUUGUUUUUGAAAAUCAGUUCAGGUUUUGAACAAUCGAUUACAUGUUUUUUUUUAACAGAAAUUCCACAUUAUUGUAUGGUAGGCCUACUGUUAUUUACCAGAUCAAUUUAAUGCAAUUCUUGAUGAUAAUGUUCUGU